UCUUCCUUCCAUGGCCGACGCUACCAUUUUCAAGCGAUGAAACAUCCGUGCACUACAAGUCAUCUUCACACAAGCGCAUUCAUCUCGUGAUCUCUCUCUGCGUCUCUGAUAUUGUCCUGCAUAGACAUUCGAACGCGAACCUUUCGGUCCGGCUUUGUGGAUUUCGGUGGACACCUCUGCGUUGCUUCGACUUUGAGUCUGAGGAUACGUUUGAUUUUACUUAUUUGUUGACACCAUGCUCGGGAAUGGAAUCGUUGGGAUUUUUUCGGAGUCUUGUAGCAAGUGGGAAAGAAGGGUGCCUCUAUGCCCAGCACACUGUGCUCGACUUCUGCACGGAGGACGGAAUGAAACUGGAAUAUCUCGUAUAAUUAUUCAGCCAUCUACCAAACGCAUUUAUCAUGAUGCACAAUACGAGGACGUCGGCUGUGAAAUUUCUGAAGAUCUGUCAGAAUGCGGCCUAAUUCUGGGUGUCAAACAACCUAAGGUGGAGAUGAUUCUUCCUGAUAGAGCUUAUGCCUUCUUCUCCCACACUCACAAAGCGCAAAAGGAAAACAUGCCUUUACUAGACAAAAUCUUAUCAGAAAAGGCAUCAUUAUUUGAUUACGAGCUUAUAGUUGGAGAUCAUGGAAAAAGGUUGCUUGCGUUUGGAAAAUAUGCUGGCAGAGCAGGAUUUAUAGACAUUUUGCAUGGAUUAGGACAGAGGUAUUUGAGCCUUGGAAUUUCCACUCCUUUCCUCUCGCUGGGUUUGUCAUACACGUAUCCAUCCCUGGCUGCAGCCAAGGCUGCGGUAAUAUCUGUGGGCGAGGAGAUUGCAACACAGGGCUUACCACCACAGAUUUGUCCUUUGGUCAUCGUGUUUACGGCUUCAGGAAAUGUUUCUCAGGGAGCGCAAGAAAUAUUCAAGCUUCUUCCUCACACUUUUGUGGAUCCAAGUAAACUUCCAGAAAUAUGUGGGAAGAAUGUGGAACUUCGCCAACAUAAAACAACAAAGAAAAGGGUCUUCCAAGUAUAUGGUUGUGUUGUGAGUUGCCAACACAUGGUUGAACACAAAGAUUCAACAAAACUUUUUGAUAGAGUUGAUUACUAUGCUCAUCCAGAUCAUUAUAGACCUAUAUUCCAUGAAAAGAUAGCUCCAUAUGCUUCUGUUCUUGUGAAUUGCAUGUAUUGGGAGGGAAGAUUUCCUCGGUUGCUGAACACCAUGCAGUUUCAAGAUCUAAUGAAAAGCGGAUGCCCUCUUGUUGGAAUUUCAGAUAUAACUUGUGAUGUUGGAGGUUCAAUAGAAUUCAUUAACCAGACAACGUCACUUGACUCUCCUUUCUUCAGAUAUGAUCCUAGUAAUGAUUCGUACCACCGUGAUUUGAAAGGAAAUGGUGUGAUAUGUUCAGCUGUUGACGUUCUUCCGACAGAGUUUGCCAAAGAGGCCUCUCAGCAUUUUGGAGACAUCCUAUCGGAUUUUGUUGGCAGUCUAGCCUCUGUUGUCGACAUUUUAAAGCUACCUACGCAUUUGAGGCGAGCUUGCAUAGCCCAUGUAGGGGCACUAACCUCAUUGUAUGAAUACAUACCACGUAUUCGAAAGUCUGAAUCUGAAGAAUUAUCCAAGGAUGCUGCUAAUGGCCACUCCAACAAAAAGUUCAACAUACACGUGUCUCUGAGUGGCCAUUUGUUCGAUCAAUUUCUAAUAAAUGAGGCCUUAGAUAUUAUUGAAGGAGCAGGUGGCUCAUUUCACUUGGUUAACUGUCAAGUGGGCCAGAAUGCAAAUGCUAUGUCACACUCAGACCUUGAAAUUGGUGCUGAUGAUAUAGUGAUUUUGGAUAAGAUCAUUUACUCUCUAAGUCUGAUGGCUAAUCCUGAAGAAAAUCUUAAUCCCGUAAAUUAUGAGAUGAAUAGGAUUUUUCUGAAGAUUGGUAAGAUUCAAGAGAGUAGCUUUAAAAGUAAAGAUGGAAAAAGGAAGACUGCUGUUCUACUUCUUGGAGCAGGUCGGGUUUGUUAUCCAGCUGCUGAUCUCCUAGUAUCAAGUGGAAGUGAUUCCUGUUGUCGUUUCUGGAAAACUUUUCUUGAGCACUAUGCUGAAGACUGGGAUGAUAUUGAAGUGAUUGUUGCUUCUCUCUACCUAAAGGAUGCAGAAGAGAUAACUGAAGACAUUGCUAAUGCAACAGCAGUACAGCUUGAUGUUACGGAUUCUGAGAAACUUUUUAUGUAUAUCUCACAGGUUGAAGUCGUUAUAAGUUUGUUGCCACCUAGUUGCCAUCUUACUGUAGCAAAUGCAUGCAUUGAGCUUAGAAAGCAUCUAGUCACUGCUAGCUACAUUGAUGAUUCCAUGUCAUCACUGGAUGAAAAGGCCAGGAAUGCUGGUAUAACAAUUCUUGGGGAGAUGGGUCUGGAUCCUGGAAUAGAUCAUAUGUUAGCAAUGAGGAUGAUCAACCAGUCACAUCUCCAAAAGAAGAGAGUGAAGUCCUUUAUGUCAUAUUGUGGAGGAAUUCCUUCUCCAGAAUCGGCAAACAAUCCAUUAGCAUAUAAAUUCAGUUCGAAUCUUGCUGAAGCUAUUCGAGCUGGAAGCAAUCCGGCUACAUAUCGAUAUGAAGGAAAAACAGUAAAAGUUGAAGGAAAGGAUCUUUAUGACUCUGCUGUGAGGCUACGCUUACCUGACCUUCCAGCAUUUGCCUUGGAGUGCAUUCCAAAUUGUAAUUCCUUAAUUUAUGGAGACGCAUAUGGCAUAGGGCAUGAGGCAUCGACCAUAUUUCGUGGAACCCUACGCUAUGAAGGAUUUAGCGAAGUGAUGGGAGCCCUGGCAAGAAUUGGACUCCUAGAUACGGAAGUUCAUUCCUUUCUUAGGAGUACUAGGAGGCAACUAUUUCGAGAUUUUUUGCUUGAGCUCCUCAAAAUUAAAAGAGAAUCGAACGGCUCUAUCAUUGGAGAGAAGGACAUCAGUGACAUCAUUAUUUCUAGUGGACUCUGUAAAGAGCAAGACACUGCUGUAAGAGUAGCCAAAACAAUCGUAUAUUUGGGCCUUCACGAGCCAACAGAGAUUCCUUCAUCUUGCCAAAGUGCAUUUGAUGUUACCUGUCACAGAAUGGAAGAAAGAUUAUCCUACUUAAAAAAUGAGCAGGAUAUGGUUCUUCUACAUCAUGAAAUACAAGUAGAAUCGGCAGACGGUCAACAUACUGAGUGUCGCAAGGCUACGUUACUAGAAUUUGGGAGGACUUGGAAUGGAAAGACCACUAGUGCAAUGGCUCUCACUGUUGGUAUUCCAACAGCUAUUGGAGCUUUGCUUUUACUGACAAACAAAAUCAAGACGCGAGGUGUUUUAAGGCCUAUUGAACCUGAAGUUCAUAAUCCAGCCUUGGAUCUUUUACAAGCAUAUGGUUUCAAGCUAAUCGAGACAGUUGAAUCCUAAUUGGACGAAAAAUGAUUUGAUCAACUUGUUAAGUAAUAUAUAAAUGUAUCUUUGUUUACUUAUAUUUAAAAUUGUAUUGUCGUUAUUGUUGUUUACUUAUUUAAAAUUGUAUUGUUGUUUACUUACAUUUUAAAUUGUAGUGUUGUUUUUAAUUGCAAUAAAAUAGAUAUGAUUAUCAUAA